AUGGCCGACGAUGGCAUGCUACUCAACUUUUCCAUACCGGACAGUGGAAUCUUGAAUAAGCCGUCAUUCAAGGGAGGAAAUUGGAAACAACGACAGACCGCGAAGAAGGCAGCCGCGCACUGGCACACGAAAGCCACUGAGCGGUUGACGGGAGUAAAAGCGCCAAAAGCCCCCCCUGCCACUGUCAGUCAAUGCAUCAGACCGAAGAGACUCAGAGUCAGCGGAGGCGAUCACAAGAAUUCCGAGGACGAUGGAGCUGCGGCAGCCUUCCGACCUCAUUCAGAUGCUAGUGUCGUAAAGCAUCCAGCUGCCAAGCAGGAUACUUCCAAGGGUGGCAAACAGAUUAUCUCGUCGCUUUUCUCGUUCAAUCCUACCUCGAUCACCCAAGCGCAACCGACAAAGGCGACGGAAGAAGAUGCACCGGUCGAACCAUCGAAUGCGCCCCUCACCAGCGAACUCGAUACGUUCACCUCGCUCGGGAUAUCGCCUACCCUUGCCACACAUCUGCUCAAGAAGAUGGAAUUGAAGGCACCUACGGCGAUUCAGAAGGCGGCCGUCGCACAACUGAUAAAAGAUGACUCGGACGCUUUCAUACAAGCCGAAACCGGUUCAGGAAAGACAUUGGCGUACCUGCUGCCGAUUGUGCAGAGACUGAUGGAACUGUCCGCUAAUAUGAAGAAGCGGAAGGUUGAUGAAUCUGUAUCUCGAGAUUCUGGUCUUUUUGCCAUAAUUCUGGCGCCGACUCGCGAACUUAGCAAACAGAUCGCCAAUGUUCUGGACAACCUACUUAGAUGCGCACAUUGGCUGGUUGCGACGACUGUGAUAGGUGGUGAGAAGAAGAAGUCGGAAAAAGCCCGGUUACGGAAGGGUAUCAACAUUUUGGUUGCAACCCCUGGACGUCUAGCGGAUCAUCUGGAGCACACGAAAGCCCUGGAUGUGAGCAACGUAAGAUGGUUGGUGCUUGACGAAGGAGACAGACUUAUGGAGCUUGGCUUCGAAGAUGAGAUUCAGAAGAUCGUCAGCAAUCUCAAUCUUCGCAUGAGGGCACAUAAGGACGAGGCUGCGAGAAUUCCGGGAUUGCCUGCUAAACGCACUACAGUUCUUUGUUCAGCAACUAUGAAGCUGGAUGUGGAACGCCUGGGCGAGAUUAGUUUGAAGGAUGCUGUGCAUAUACGGGCUGACCCUGCCGACAGAAUGGAGGAUGAGACGGAGAAGGACCAAGGGUUCUUCGCCCCGGCCCAGCUCAAGCAGUCCUUCGCUGUUGUAGCUCCCAAGCUGCGACUCGUCUCUCUUAUCAGCUUCUUGAAGCGCGCCUUUGCCCGCAAGGGCUCCGUUAUGAAGGCGAUUGUCUUCAUCUCCUGCGCUGACUCGGUCGAUUUCCACUUUGAUAUACUCACCAGCAAUCUUGAGGAAGAGGUGGUGUCUAAAGAGGACACGAAAGAAGAGAAAGACGAGGAAGUUGAUGGAAAGAAACCCAAGAAGAAGCCUGUGGUGCAGGCCGAUCCAACAAAGAUAGCAGUAACGCACGCUGAGUCGCCAUCCCUUUCGCCGCAUACGCACAAAGUCACGACUUAUCGUCUUCACGGUUCUCUGCCUCAGUCCCUCCGUACCUCAACACUCGCGCAAUUCACCAAGAAUAACGAGCCCGCCGUACUGUUGGCGACUGAUGUUGCUUCUCGAGGCCUGGAUCUGCCCAAUGUUGAUCUAGUGGUUGAGUUCGAUCCUGCGUUUGCGCGUGAAGACCAUCUGCAUCGCAUUGGUCGAACAGCUCGUGCAGGUCGGGAUGGGCGCGCGUGUAUUUUCCUCAUGCCGGGCUGCGAAGAAGGUUACGUCGACAUCUUGAAGAGCGACAGGAAGGACGGGGAAACCGGCAUUCACCUAGGUCGACAGGAUGCCGAUGAAAUCCUCAAGAAGGGACUCGUCACAUCCGGCGUUUUGAAGGACAAGACUGAGUACAUGGAGAAAGCAACCGACCUUCAACUCGCUGUCGAACGCUGGGCCCUUGCCUCUCCAGCACGAUUAGAAAGUGCUCGACGAGCUUAUCAAAGUCAUGUCCGCGCCUAUGCUACCCACAUUGCGGCUGAAAGAGGAUAUUUCGAUAUCAAACAACUCCACCUGGGUCAUUUGGCGAAAGCCUUUGCACUUAGAGAGCGCCCGAGUGGUAUGAAGGUACCUGGUCUCAGGACGGGCGCUGGGCGUGAGAACAAGAGGCCGGCGAAGAUCCGAGGUGCGGCAACGGGCGCCAAUAAGGGCGCGGUGGCUACCAAGGCCGCAUUGGAUGACACUAAGGUGGAUGAUACAGAAGAUGCAGCGAAGAUGCGGAAGGCUGUGAGAGCGAGGGAGAAGUUCAUGCGGCAUGCGGGUAUGGCUGAUGAAUUCAACUUGGGUUAG